CGAGGUGCAUGAGUGGGUGUCGUGAGCGAGUGGAUUUCUCGUACUUUAUUUCAUUUUGUAUUCAUCAAUAAAUAGUAAAUUCACGGGUGUAUUGUUUAUAGAUCACAUUAGCGUUUCACUUUGGUGUCUUUCUGUGGGCUGUUUGGUGGGUUACGGGUUUGAACUCCUGGUGUGGGCGUCUCGCCGGCCGCGUGGCUCACGCCAUGGCUAGCCCGGAGUUCAGAUCUCUAACCCGCAAACACGGGAUAAAAGUCACUGCCACUUUCCCCUGCAGCGUGGAGGACAUUAGUCUGGCUGUGGGGGAGAAGGUCGGGCACAGCAGCAUAAGAUCGGCUGCUCGGAUGAACAGUGGCGUGGUUAUAUUCCUGGACCGGGUGGAUAAGGUGAACCGUGUGGUGGAGUCGGGAGUCGCCGUCAACGGCUGCUUCGUGACCGUGCAGCCGCUUGCGCUGCCGGCCACGAAGAUAGUUCUUUCCAACGUCCCUCCCUUCAUCACUGAUGAGUUUCUGACCAAGGAGCUGUCCAGACAUGGGAAAGUGGUGUCACCGAUCCGUAAGAUCCUGUCUGGAUGUAAGUCUCCGCUGCUGAAACACGUCGUGUCUCACCGCCGACAGCUCUACAUGAUACUCAAUAACCGGGGAGAGGAGCUCAACCUCCGAUUCCUGGUGAGAGUAGAUGAUUACGACUACACGAUCUAUGCCAGUUCGGCGGUGAUGAAGUGUUUUGGUUGCGGAGAGGAGGGACACACGGUGGGCUCCUGUCCGAACCGCGGUGAGCCACACACACCUGGUCCAACACGCGCGGCCCGCUCGGCCGGCGCUCCGGCCGCCGCCGGGAGAGCCGCGUCAUCCGGGCAGCCGGUUGCGGCUCCCCGGACACUCCGGGGAACGUCAGCGGCUGUGUCCGACCGGGACCGGGAUAAGGGGUAGGACCCAGCAGUGACAGGCAUCAGGGAGGAGUCAGCUGGUAAAGCGUCCACACCCUGCAGUUCCUGAACUUCUCGUGCAUUCUUUUCUCUCUCUCGCUCUCCCUCCCUCCCACUCUCUCUCUCACACACACACACUCAGUGGUGCGCACAAACACACCCGCAGGAGGCAGCGAGGAUCCAGACUCUGGCUGCACCAUGAGCCAGGCCGCUGGAGACGCAGAGAAGUUCAGCGGGGAGGCGGAGUCUCUCGGGAGUCUGGGUGGGCCGGGCUGGACCAAAGUCAGCUGCCCCUGCUGCAUGUCGGAGCGGGUGGAGCCGCUGGUGCUGCUGAGGCUCGGGGAGAAGGUCCGACCCGAAACCAAGCGCUGGAUCAUGCGACUGAUUGGGACGCCGCAGAAGGACGGAGGGGCGGCGCUGCUGGCCCACCCCGGGGAGGACGCAGGCGGCGACAUCAUCGUGGUGGCCGCCCCGCGCUGCACGCUGCUGCGCGCCGCGGAGGAGCUGGGGCUGUGCCGGACGACCCGCAGUGGAGACAUGGAGGCCUUCUCUUACCAUGACAGAGAGCGAUUCAGAGACUCGGACAACAUGGCCUCCUUCCUCACGCUGGCGGAGAGGCAGCACGUGGUCAGGUAUGAGCUGGAGGGCCUCCGCGCUCAGAGGGACCUGAGGGUCCCGGGUCUGCCCGAGAACUGCACGCUGCAGAACAGAGACAACAUCUGGCAGAAGCUGCAGUCAGCUGGAGUCGUCCUGGACACCUUUCCUCUGCACGACCAGAAGAAGCUCCGCGAGCUGAGAGAGGCCUGGUACAGUGGCAACCAGCUGGUGCAGCCGCUGGACUCGGUGAACGAGUACUUUGGCAGCACGGUGGCCUUCUACUUCAGCUUCCUGGACUUCUACACACUGUCUCUGCUGCCGCCUGCCCUGCUGGGUCUGACCAUCACCUACUUCUCAGGUGAAGUCCAGAAGGAGAUGACCGAGUCCAUGUCCGGCUCUCCGGCCGACAGCCACGAGGACGACUCCGGGCUGGCGGUCAGCGGUCACAUGGUCCAGGCGGCCUUCAGCAUGCUCUGGUCUACGGUGGUCAUGGAGCUAUGGAAGCGGCGCAGCGCCUCCCUGUCCUACCGCUGGGGAACCUUCCACCUGGCCGAGCGCUUCGCUGAACCCCGGCCCUCCUUCCACGGCGACCUCGGGGUGAACCCGGUCACUGGGCGUGUGGAGCCGCUGUUUUCUGAGUGGCAGCGAGACCUAAGAAUGGCACUGGUGUCUGUCCCGGUCGUGGGCCUGUUCCUAGGUAUGGAGCAUGGAAUCUUGCUCUGUCAGUGGGUGUCACCGGCCUGGAGUGCCAAUCUGACUUUGGCUCGAGAGGCUCUCACAGUGGCAUGUGCUACGACGGUGUCAUCCACUGUAACCUCUGAGAAUGGCACGCAUAACUUUGAGAACGACACAUGCCACAGUGAGAGUGGCACAUGCCACAGUGAAAGUGGCACAUGCCACAGUGAGAGUGGCACAUGCCACAGUGAAAGUGGCACAUGCCACAGUGAGAACGACACAUGCCACAGUCCUUCCUUUAAGCCCCUCCCUCCUCUACUCUCAGGUCUGGUGGUCUUCGGGAUGAUGUGUUUCUACUGGGGGGAGGCCCAGGUGCAGCAGCUGCACCAGGACUGGGACUCCAUGUUGUCCCAGACGCUCCUUUACAUGCCGUCAGUCCUUCACAUCGUGUACACCAACAUGCUGGCCACCGUCUACAAGAUAGUGGCUCAGUCUCUGACUGAGUUCGAGAACCACAGAGAGGAGUCGGCUUUCCAGAACCACCUGACGGGAAAAGUCCUGGUGUUCACCUUCUUCAACUACUUCGCCGUUCUCUUCCACAUCGCUUUCUUCAAACAGGACGUGCCUCUGCUGAGAAAGCGUCUGGCCUCCCUGCUGGUCAUCACCCAGCUGGUGAACCAGGUGACGGAGGUGGUCAUUCCCUUCCUGGUGGAUCGCUUCCUCAGCGCCCCCCACAGGACGGAGAGGGAAGACGACCCGGAGGAGGACAAGUUCAGGAAUCAGAUCUCUCUCCCGGUCUUCCCCGGUCUGUUCGCCGAGUACAUCGAGCUCCUGGUCCAGUUCGGGUACCUGAGUCUCUUCUCCUGCGUCUACCCACUGACCGCCGUCCUGCUGCUCAUCAACAACCUGACCGAAAUCCGCUCCGACGCCUACAAGAUCUGCAACCUCUUCAGGAAACCCUUCUCUCCUCCGGCGGCCAACAUGGGCGUGUGGCAGGUGGCCUUUGAGGUGCUGAGCUUCGUGUCGGUGGUGUCCAACUGCUGGCUGCUGAUCCUGUCUCCGCCACUGCAGGCGGCCUGUCGGGACAGCGGCCUGAGCGGCGCGCAGGUGCUGCUGCUGGCAGUCGGUGUGGAGCACCUUCUCAUCAUCGUCAAGGGGAUCCUGGCGGUACUGAUCCCGGACGAGCCGGGCUGGAUGAAGAAGAAGCAGGACCAACUCGAGUUCAAGUCCAUGGAGGCUCUGAGGCAGCAGAAACUGACGGAAACCUGACGUCGCCAGUGGAGACACCGCCCCCCGCUCCCGUCUGCAGCGUCCGCACGUCCACUGCGAGGGCUUCUGUGUUUCUGCAUCGCCGCGCUGCGCAUCUCUGCACGUGCAGGUGCGGGUUUGUCGCUGACUGACCUGCACGGUUUCCAGUGUUUCCAUCGCACUGACAAGGACUUCACCUGAAGGACGCACACGCUGUUCACGCUAUUUCAUGAAGAUUAUCCGAGUGGGUGGGAGGGGGUGGGGGGAGCAGAUGGGGGUUCACUGUGGAGACAGGUGCUACAGAGUUUCAGUCCAAAGCCAGAGGUUCCAGCAGGAACACAGUCAGAGAAGAAGGUCUCAGUGAGGGUCAACAACAAGCCCAGAUGGAGACAGGCUGAGGCCACCUGCUGGACCUGAUGGAGCCAGCGGUUUCAGACAGUGGGGGAAGAUCAGGAGAAGGAGGAGUCAAAUCUGCUGGCAAUGAUGAUGAAGAGGACCAAGACGAAGUUGUUGUACACAGUCGAGACUCUGGCAGAGGUGAGAGGAAGAAUCUGGAACGACCAAAGACUCUGGUGGCGAGGACGAGGAGGAGGAGCUUAAGGCCAGGUUGGACGAGGCGCGGCGAGUCUGAGGAGCAGUCUGAAGGAAGCUUCACACCAAACUAACUUCCACUGGGUCUUGGUUUCUCCAGUGACCGCCUCGUCCUCACCCGCUCCCACAUCGUAGCGCAACAGUCACGCACCGCCACUUUAGCUGCCAGUCAGCUGCUUCCAUCGCUUAAAUCCCGUUUGGUGUCAACGUUGCGUUACCAGGAGCCGAGUGUCACAAACGCUCGUCCGAGUCAACCUCAGUCCUGGUGACAUUUGUGUUGAAGACGUAUUUAUUUGGAAAAUGACGUUCAUGACAAUGAAGGGCUCAUGUUCUGGCGAAGUCAUGUGACCCCCUGUUCCUGUGUGGCUGGUGUGAGCUUGGUGUGAUAUAUAUAUAUAUAUGUAUAUAAACUGAUCUCAGCAAAGAAUCAUGACGAUACGACUCAUGACACAUCUGUCGACAGCAGAGGCUACGACUUCGGUUCCUGACUAGACAAUAAUUCGACAGUCGCUUGUCUCCCAGUUGAAGUUUGACUAUGAUGUGUGAAUACUUGAACAUCCACUUAAAAAAUACAUUUAUUUCAAUAAAUUCACACAAGUAUUCACACAUAGUGUUGGAAGAUCAGGAAUGCAUGAAAACGAAAGGAAUAUUCGAUUGUUAAAGUGCAAUGAAUUUUAUAUUUCAUGAAAGAAAAUAGAUAUUUCUGAAGUUUAAGAUUUUAUGUUUUAUAAAUAGGUCAUCGAAAGUGAUUCUAGAGAACGAGAGAAGGCGAAAACAUUCCAUUAUGAAAUGAAAUCAUAAUGGAAAACAACGUCACGUUAAAAAAAAUCGAAAUGAAAAGAAAAUACGACGCCAUUUUAUUUUCCGAACGCAGCAAAUCUGAAGUUUUAAAUAAAUAAAAGCAGUUGAAGCGAAUUGGUCCCCAUCAGGGGGCGCUGUUUCCUCACCAGUAAAUGGAAGUUUGACGGUUAAGUCGUAAACAUCACCUUGAUGUGGUUCAGUCCCGCCUCAGAGGAAUCACACACUGAACACGAUAUUCACGGUCGUUUCCGUUUAAUAAAUAAAUAGAGAAUCAAGGCAACAGGAAGUGGCGAGCGGGUCAGUAGAUCAGCAACAGACUGCAGCGAAUUCCGGCCUCGCUUGUCCACCGGGUCCAAACAGGAAGCAGGUUAAACACGUUUCUGCACUCCCGGCUGUCUUCACCCAGCCAGCGAGGAGACUGGUCGACUUUUAUUUUGAAACCGGAGGUCUAGAGUUUUCCUCUGAAAAGAGGCAAACCAAAUUGUGUAAGGCGACAGUGACCGACCUUUAAGGACGUGCUUUAACACGUGUGUUGUCUUAAGUGAAAGCUAACCCACAUUUUUGGCUUCAUUUAAAUGGCGAUGAAGCGGAAGUAACUUAAGCUAACUUCACGAUGAAGUGUGUGGCAGAAAAAGGAACAAAUUCUACUUGAGUCGAGAAUUAAGGAACAGCUUCUACAAAAGUAGCGCUGAGUGGAUCAAAUAAACUGCCUUCGGCAAAGAAUAUUAUAUAAUAUAUCAUCCCAUUUAAAGAAACGUUUUAGGUCGGUUUCAAAAUAAAGGUCGUGGACUACAGCAAAGACAUGAGGUUGAGUGAAAAUAAAAGCUGUGAAUGAACCGAUCUGAGGAGCUUUGUGAGCAAGGUUGACAACACAUCAGGAAUGGACAUGCAGCUAGGUCCUUCAUGAGAACAUCAGUCAUGUGAUCAACAGCUUCGCGGAUGUGACAUGAGGCAGAUGGUUCUAAAAAAAACAAAACAAAAAAACAAUGGAAGACCAGCAUCCCACGGUCCAGUUCACAUCGUGACACGUGAACUUGUGCAUCAGUCGCUCAUCACAGAGUCACAGUCUCCUGGUGUCGGAGAGAAGUCGUGAAGCAGAAGCUGGUUGAGAGGCGGUGAAGAGAAGACGAGGCCCCCGAGUGAGUCCCUCAGAACCAUGUGUAGCUUAUGUUGGUCAGAUCGAGCAUCUGCACGAGACGACAUGCUCCAUGUCGUCUGGUCAGUGCUCCCUAGAGCCCCCCAGUGGCCACUACAUUUACAACUUGUUUUCCCGGGACCUUUUUUUUUACAGAGAGCUCGUCUUCAGCGGUGCUAACCAGUGAAACUAGUCAACAUCUAUUCCACUAGUCCAGUUUAACUAGUCGGUAAAU